AACCGUUAACUUACAUGUUCAACGCUCAGAUGAUAACUUAACAAGAAGCGCUGCCACCGUCAAGAAGCAAACAUGCUUCUUCAGAAACUGUUUACAUAUUUGUCGACAGCAUGGCUGUUUUGCUUCUUGAUAGGAACAAAUGUGGUCAUCAAGAUCGUGAGUUUCAUCUCGCCGAGCCUCGCAAAGAAGAUAAUCCUCAAAAUGGGUGAGAAGACCACGAUGACCCAGAACCCCAACUUUAAGUAUGAAGACUGGGGUCUGACCUUCUGCACAUUAGAGUUCAUUAAAACAGCCUCUUACCACAUGUGGAUGUCGCUCGGACAAGACGCGUUUGAGGGAGGAAAAGCUCCGGACUCACCUGUAGUCACCAUGGAGGGAGAGAAGACGAGUAUCCUCAAGUUCUUGAAAGGCAACAGACCACUGGUGCUGAGCUUCGGGAGUUGCACCUGACCCCCGUUUAUCUUCAAACUUGAGGAGUUCAAGCAACUCGUCAAGGAUUUCAGCGAUGUAGCUGACUUUCUUGUGAUUUACAUCGCAGAGGCCCAUUCAACAGAUGGUUGGGCCUUUAAAAACAACUAUGACAUCAACCAGCACCAGAACCUGGAGGAGAGGCUGUCUGCAGCUCAGAUCCUGGUUAAGAAGGAGCCUCUGUGUCCCGUGGUUGUGGAUGAAAUGGAUGACACCGCUGCCAUAAAGUAUGGCGCUCUGCCUGAGAGGCUUUACAUAUUACAGGCAGGGAAAGUUGUCUACAAGGGUGUUGUGGGGCCUUGGGGCUACAAUCCAAUGGAAGUGCGUUCAUUCCUGGAGAAGAUGAAGUAAGAAUUCAAGACCAGCCAUGUUUUCUUUCCAGCCAGCCGUUUUUAUAUGUAGGGGUCUCUGAGUUCAGGAGAAGCAACCUUCAAACAACAUUUAUCACCGAUAUAACAAAAUACCAUACUGUUUUUUUGUUUUUUCAAAGACUUUAAUCAAUACACCAUCACAUCUGCACAGUUUUCUCACCUCUCCAUCAUGUCUUACAUCAGUGAGUAGAAGUAUUGUUGAAACUUGCACUAACGUUCACACUCUCCUGUGCACUGAAAAUGUCUCCACUGACAAUCUCUGAGCUGGGACUUGGCACGCUGUGUUUCUCAGUGACGGCUUCAGUUUAAACCGUUGGCUUCUGCAGCCUGAUGACGUGAAACACAGAGACAGUCCAGUGAAGAGGUUGUCUUUGAGGUAUCACAAAAUGUACAGGAGCGGGAACCUAUAGUUUCUACAGUUUGAAGAAAACAGAUUAAGCUUAUCAUUCUCAUCGUAAACUGUAUAAAUCACUUUAGAGUUCAGAUGUCUAUAAAUGCUCCUAAAUGAUUUUUCAGAAGGUUACUUUUUCAUGAAGAUGACAGUGCAAACCUCUGGUAACUGUCAUCUGAUGUGUUUUUUUAAGUAAAAGGUUUUCUCUUAAUUAUGCUGGAGCAUUUAUGAUUGUCAGAUCUACUAAACAUCUUUCUGAACAGUAUUUGCAUGUUUACACAUGACAAUAAAAUUCCGAUUUCUACAAUAAUGAAAAAUAGCCUGAGGUCUCUUUAAUCCCGUGCUUGAUUUACAUGCAGCAUAAACAGAUCAGCAAUCAUAUUAGACCACCUGUGACACCAAUACAGCAUCCAUAUCAAAGAUUUUACUUUUCUGAAGAUUAUUGCAUGUUUCGUUUUUCCUGGCAUGGUCAGAAAGUUGGUAAUUGUGUGUUAUAGCGACCACCGAGGAUAUAGUGGGUAAUAAUGUACGUUCAAAUAGGUUUUCCUUAUAUUUCGACCUCUCCAGUAGAUACAUUAGGGGAUUAAAAUGUCAGGAACAUCUUCAUACUAAAAACAUCACAACCCACUAUGGCUUCAAUAAUGGAUGUAAAGUAAAUUUUAAAUACAUUAAACCACAGUAGGGAUUAUAUGAAGAAGUGUAUUACAGGCAAAUUUAAUCAUAUUAGUGGUAAAACAAUCAGAGAACAGGCUUUUGAAAAAGGGAUGUAUUAAUAUAUAUAUAUAAUAUAUUUAAAGUUUGUGCACACCUCAGUGGAUGGUGUGUAUGUGUAAACGUGUGUGCACAUGGGUACAUCACUUCAGGCAGAUGGGUUCAGGAGGAGGAGAGACAAAGGGUAGAUUUCCAUUUAUCAGGUGAUCUCAGAUGCUGACAGAGGUGGAAAGGUACCAGAUUAUUGUUCUCAAGCAAAGGUACAGUUAUGGUGGUUAAAAUUUACUUAAGUAGAAGUAAAAGCCUAUGAAUCUACUCAAGUAGAAGUAAGAAGUAAUUUAUUUAACACAUUGGUGCAGGGGUUAGCGCUGUUGCCUCACAGCAAGAUGGUCGCUGGUUCGCUUCCGGGUCAGGGCCCUUUGGUGCAGAGUUUGCAUGUUCUUCUCAUGGGUUCUCUCCGGCUUCCUCCCAACACCAAAGACAUGCUCAUCAGGUUAAUUGAUGACUCUAAAUUGGCCGUAGGUGUGAAUGUUAACGUGCCUGGUUGUCUGUCUCUAUGUGUCAGCGUGAUUGACCUGUGAUUUACUGGCGACCAGUCCAGGGUGUACCCCGCGUCUCGCCCAACCAGUCCAUGACAGCACCCCCACGACCCUAAAUGGGGUAAGGGGUAUAGAAAAUGGACGGAUGUCUUGCUUUCAGCUUCACUCCUGCAAUGCUGGGUAAUGAUCCUAUUCUACCUCCUUGAGAUAGGUUUUUCUGCCUCUACCACUUUAAGUUUAGAAGUGCAGUUAGAUGGUGCAGAGGUUAGCCCUGCUGCCUCACAGCAAGAAGGUUACUGGUUCAUUCUGUCAGGCCUUCCAGUGCAGAGUAUUCCUGCUUCUGUCCUGCAUGUCAUUCCCCACUCUCUCUCCUUAUUCCGAUCUUCAUCCCCUGCCCUAUUUAAACUGAAGGCAUAGCCCUAAAAUCAAUCUUUAAAAAAAUAGAUUGCAUAGUGUUCAUAAUGUUAUGGCUGAUAUCUUACAGCCCAUAGUGUGCUGCUGUAUGUUGAUGUUUUUUGUUUUAUGUUACCAAGCUUUUAUUUAUUUUCCCUCUGCAGAACUAAAAUGUAGAAGUUGUUAGAAAAGUCACUGUUUUCAGUCAGAUGAGGAGCACCUCUGUGAGCUGUAUGGAAGUAAUUAUCUGCUUCAUGUCUGCACUUGCUGUGACUCAUGCUAACUCUCCCUUUUCCAUUACAAUAAAUUGUUCUUCUUUGUCUAAAUUAAGAACAAGGUUGCAGGGCUUCAUUCUUGACAUAAACAGUA